AUGAGGAGUUCAAGACCUUCUUCUCCCUUACAUUCUCAGCACCGUCUUUCUCGUCCUUCGACACCUCGUCACAAUUUCUCGGAAACAAUAAUGGAGGAAAACAUUGAUUACGCUGAAAUGAUAGUCACCAAAUGGGAUUUGGAUGGUCCAACAUACAGAAAAAUGUCCACUCUCUUUGGGGAUGAUAGAAAGGAGGCCGAAAGAUUUAUCGAAGGGGUGACUGGCUUGAGAAACACCAUGCACUACUAUGUAAAGAUAAAUUCGAGCUCUGAAAAACUCAUCAGAGCGCAAAGAUUGAUGCAAGUUGCAAUGAAGAGGUUGGAAAAGGAGUUUUAUUCUAUUUUGUCUUCGAACAGAAAUGUUCUUGAUGCUGAAUCUGUCUCGGUCCGGAACUCGAGAGGUUCGACCAGGUCCAGUCUUUCAGAUUUUUUGGAAGAUGAAGUUGAAGGUGAUGAAAUUAUUGAAGAUGAGAAUUCUUUAUCUGAAGCUGAUAAGNGACCCCACCGUGCCCCCACAAGCCCACUUCUUUGA